AUGAUGGCCAGUCCUGCGGGGGAAGGGGGGCGGUAUGGCACCCCAAGACUGCAGGGGCGCCCAGACCUCAAGACCAGGGAGCCGCAGAGGCCGCAGGACACCACGCAGGCCCAGAGACCUGGGGCUCUCUGGGGUGGCCGGCACCCCCAGAGAGCCAGAGACACGCCCCAGGCAGGAGGGAACACCCACCCACCAUCCGACGCGGACCGCCCCCCCCCCCAACCACCACCAAGGAGUCAGGCGCGGGGGCCCGGCACCGCCCCCAGGGAAAGAACCAGCACUGCACCGGACGGGCCCGCACCAGGAGCCGGCCACCAGCAGACGCCGGACCGGACGGUAGUGAGAGCCCACCCAGGCCCGGGCGGAGGGCAAGGAGGCGGUGAUGCUGCAAACAGGCGCCAGGGAACCAGGGGACCGCGAAGGGCCACCCACCCGAACCCCCCAGGACGGGCCCCCACCAACACACAGGAGAGAAUGGCCCGCCACGAGCAGUCAAUCCCCCAUCAGGACCCCCUAUCAGAGGGCCCAGAAACCACAGCCGGUCAGGAGGCAGAACCCAGGCAGGAACCCACAGAGCCCCCAGGGCGCCACCCGGCCCACCCACCACAGGGCCACGGGACCCCCCAGACACCGGGAACCCAGCAACACCACCAUGAUGUAAAUGGGCUCCCUGGCUCCAACCUUCAGCCCAGGAGGGCCGGGCCCCCUGAGCCCGCCACAUCUAUCUACAGUGUGAGACCACCACCCCCUUACUAUGAUUCUCCACCUGACGGAGAAACAUUAACCCCACCGUGA